CAUUUAAAGGACGAAAAUGUUAAGUCAACGAUGACCACUUCGUUUAAUUAUCGUUAAUUGAUCUGUUUAAAAAAUAAAAAGAACCCGACAGUUAAAAUGAAAUGCAGGAACUACUAAAAUCGUGAUCAGAACACCUUUUGUUGACGCUGUUGCCAAUGAAUGAGAAACCCCCGCUGUCACGUGGCAUGUAAAGGCGCAUUGUCGUCAAUUUCGGUUUAAAGGGGAUUAAAUUCUACCCAUAUACCUCUUUUGGGUCGUCUGUAAACAAGAAUCUCGUUUUUGUAAAUAGUUUAUUGAUAUUUCCUGGAUCUAAAGUGACCAUUUUGCGGGCAAAAUGGGAGCGAAAGUUGGAGAUGAGAAAUCGUCGGAUAACGAAAAAUCUUCAGAUGAAAAGAAAGAAUAUAUGGACAAACAAAUUGAGCUCCAGGAACAAGUGAAAGGUCUAUCUGGAGCCAACAAGAGCAAAGGCAAAAAGGACAAAAAAGCCUCCAAAAAUGUCUCGGAAUACACGGGUGAUCCCCGGAAAUAUGAUCCAACCUUUAAUGGACCAAUUAAAAACAGAUCAUGUACAGAUAUCAUUUGCUGCUUGUUAUUUCUGAUUUUCCUUGCUGGGAUGUUUGUGUGUUCUGCAAUAGGAUAUGCCAGAGGAAAUCCCUAUAAACUCCUGUAUCCUACAGACUCUACAGGAAAUAUAUGUGGAUAUGAUUCUGGAUAUACAGACAAGCCCUAUUUGGUGUACUUUGACAUGUUACAAUGUGCCAAGUCAGGAUCUGCAGUCAUCAUCACAGGAUGUUCUACACCACAGGUGUGUGUGAAGACCUGCCCCUCGACAUACUGGUACUAUUUAUAUCAGGAGGCACUAGAGACAGCUGGAACUAAAACUGACACAGACAGAGCUACAGACAUGAUCUGUAAAGGAGGAACUGAUACUAUUGCGGCCAGCUCUGUCAGUAAUCUGGUAACCUCAGAAGCUUGUGCCCCCUAUUAUGUCAAAUCAACUCCAGUGGUUGGCCGCUGUAUCCCCUCUUUUUUCCUGGAGAUAACAGACUGGGCCCAGAACCUUGUUGUAACUGGUACAAGCUACAAUCUGACCAACACAGACGGGGAAGGAAUCACUGGAAAUGCCAUGAACGAGGCCAGCUAUUGGCUGGCUCAGUUCAUGUCUGCUAGUGAGGUGGUGGAGAGAAUUUACAAGGAUGUGGUGGCCUCGUGGUGGCUACUGUUAGUGUUUUUGGGGGCUGCCAUGGUGGUAUGUUUUAUUUGGAUUGUCCUGAUGCGAUGGUUGACUGGUAUAAUUGUCUGGUUCACCAUCUUUGGGGUACUAGCAGUUCUGUCUUAUGCCUGUUACUACAGUUAUACCCAGUACUUUGAUCUGAAAACCAAGAAUGUGACGGGAGAGUGGGGAUACUCCGAGGCUUUUGCACUGAACUUCAGUUACUACUUACAGCUCAAGGAAACCUGGCUGGCAUUCGCUUGUGGAACUGCCACAUUUUUGUCCAUAUUUGUUCUGCUGCUGAUUUUCCUCCUAAAUAGAAUUUGUAUCGCUAUUGAACUCAUCAAAGAGGGGAGCAGAGCCAUUGGGAACAUGAUCUUUACUUUAAUAUGGCCAGUUUUUCCAUUCUUCCUUCAGCUUAUUGUUGUGGGAUAUUUUGGCUUCAGCUCUGUAUACAUUGCUUCUAUUGGAGACCAGAAGUACUACACCAAUGGCACCAACACUACAGAUGACGGCAUUAACUACUAUCUCUCCAGGAUCCCGUGUGAACCUGAUGGUACAACUCAAGGUUCCUAUUGUGAUUUUGUGAAAUAUGGUGGAACAGAGUAUAUAGUGACGAUGCAGGUUUUCAUGCUGUUUAUGUUUUUCUGGACUAUGAACUUUGUGGUUGCUAUGGGACAGAUGGUGUUGGCGGGUGCAUUUGCCUCGUAUUACUGGGCAUUUCAGAAGCCGAAAGAUAUCCCAGCAUUCCCUCUGUCUGCCUCGCUGUGGAGGACAUUCAGGUACCAUUUUGGAUCCUUGGCAUUUGGAUCUUUAAUUAUAGCCAUAAUCCAGAUGAUAAGGGUUGGGCUAGAGUAUUUGGACCAUAAGCUUAAAGGCUCUGAAAAUGCAAUAGCAAAAUUCCUUUUAAAGAUCCUGAAGUGUUGUUUCUGGUGUCUAGAGAAAUUCAUGAGAUUUUUAAACAGAAAUGCCUACAUUUUGAUUGCAGUGUAUGGCAAAAAUUUCUGCACAUCUGCCAAAGAUGCCUUUUUCCUCAUUCUACGAAAUAUUGUAAGGGUGGUUGUGUUGGACAAAAUAACAGAUUAUGUUUUGUUCCUUAGUAAACUACUAGUAACAGCAUCUGUAGGUGUGGCUGCAUACUACUGGUUCCAAGGAAAAAUUACAUACUUUUCCGAGUAUGUUCCAACAGAACUAAAUUAUUAUAUCACACCUGUAAUUCUUGUAAUCAUUGGCACCUUUGUCAUAUGCUGCUGUUUCUUCAGUGUGUAUGAGAUGGCUGUAGACACGCUCUUCCUGUGUUUCUUGGAAGACCUAGAAAUGAAUGAUGGAUCUGCAGAGAAGCCUUACUUCAUGAGUAAAGGUCUGAUGAACAUUCUGGGAAAGAAGAACCUCAAACCAGGGGAGAAAAAGAAAUGCUGUGGGUGUUGCUAGGGCCCCCCUCCUUUCCUGCCCCCCUCAUUGUCAGUGAUUGUUGACAUUAUGUUGUUCUUGUUAUUUGAGAUUAUUAAUGGAUGUUAUUAUGCAGUCACAACACAGUUUGGGGUGAUGUAGAUACGGUACCUAACUGGGGUUGAAACUGCUUGUAUAGAGAUAUGCUUAGUGACCAUUUGAAUCACAAUAUGUCAAAAUUUUUGAUUGAUCCUAAUUAGCUACCAAGUUACUCUAGAUGCAUCAUUUGUUCAAAGUAAAAUUACAGAGUUGUGACAUAAUUUCAGGGAUAUUUCAUAGACAAUCAAAGAAAGUGUUGUUUAUUUUUUAACUUCAUGGUAAAUCAUGCUGAAAAAGUAGUACAUUUGUACAUGUAUGUACUAAAAUUAGUACUGAUACAUAUCUAAUGUAAAAUUAUUCAGUGAUAAUUAUUUUGGCUGUAUGUGCUUAGAGCAUGGAUGCUUAUAUUAUCUGUGAUAUUGAUAUUUGACAUAUCCAUUUUUGUUUUAUUUUUCAUUUCACUGAUUUUUAUCAUUCUUCCCCUUUUAUAUUAAUAAAAAGUGACAUUCAUUUAUCCAAAACUAUCCAUUUUUGAUAUUCUUAUUAGGUCCCAUUUUUCUCUUUAC